AUGAGCGAUCAAAGCAGCUCAUAUGCUGGCUCAGCUGCUGAUGAAGCACUUUCCUCGAGCUCGAAUAACUUGCAUCACAAUCAAGCUUCAACAUCAGAUUUGCUCGACCAAGUUGCAAAACACUUGACGACGACACUUCAUGAGACACUCACUUCGCUGACGCUCGAUCGGUGCAUUGCCGUUCAAUCACAAACUUCAGGAUCACUGCAUGCUGCUCAAAUGACACUACAAGAAGUGAAUGCGCGUACUGUUGCGCAAUUACCGGCAGUCAAGGCUGAUUUUGUCAAGGGCAUUGCAUUAGCGGCGCAGAUCAAGCAGGACUUGCAGGCGUUGCAAGCACGGAUACGAAAAUGCCAGGACAAGGCUCGUGCACAGAUGCCAGUAGAGUUCCAUUUAGCGAUGGAUGAGCUUGCAGAACCAGAGCCUGAUGACGAUGAUUGA